UAACUUUAGUGGGAGGUCUAUGCUUAGGUAGGGCGGUUAUAAUUUAAUCAUUAUCACUAACCUUGCCUUAACAACAUCUAUUGCUUAAAUGUUUAACUUGUCGAUUAUUGGUGUCUAUAAAUAGGGGUGAAGUAUUUAUAGACUAAGGUUAAUUAUCUAUUCACGCUCUAUUUGCAAUUGAAUUCUCGAAUGCGAGACACUUUUCAAGGAAUCGUAACAGGAAGUAGAUUAUAUGGUGGACACUUAAUUUUGCAAAUUGUUUAAAUAUAUAUUUAAAAGAUGGGAAAUGUUUUGGAACAACAACUUGGCCCAAGAAUGGUUUUAAAGCAGCGCAAUUACUGUGAUAUGACAACCGGUGAAUUAUAUUCUAUUCUGUUAAAUGAAUGUAAUAAAACUUCGGAUACUAUAACAAGUCUGCAAAAAGGAAGACGAUUUGAUGAACGCGGAAGAUCCUUAUUAUGUCAAUUAACGAUAGACCUGGAGAAAAAAUUACAUAAGUUCAAUAAGGACAUGGUCGGACCCGUUCACUUUCUAGACAGAGCCGAUUCCGAGGCAUUGCAUCGUCUUAGAAAUGAAGUAGCUAGACUUUCCGAGGAGAACAAACGUCUUGUAAUAGAAAAUAAAAAAACUGAGACAAUACUGAAAGGACACUUGACAGCGACACAAAGCGGUGUAUCGCGGAAAUCUACAGAUAAUGCUCAACGGGCUACUGUAGAGAACAAUAGUCAGAAGCAACGUUCUGUGACAGAAAAGGAAAACAAUGACCAUUUAAAAGAAAUAAUGAAACAGUUAAACUCAAGACUGCAAGACCAAGAAGAAGACAUUCGUUUAUUGAGAAUAAAAAACGAAAGUGCACAAAGCUUUAUAAAGUCCCUCUCCGAGAAAACAGAGAAGAUAGAAAGUGAAAAUAAAACACUUCUUGAAGAAAAGGAAGUUCUGACUAAACGUCUUAGUAAAAUUGUCAGCGAACGUUUAGUUGACGACAAUCCAGCAAUAGCAGACCUCAGUGAUCCUAACAGACCACAAAAAUUAGGCGAAUUUUACAGUGAGUUGUACGACAAUGAAUGGACGGAUGCAUUUGAUGCAUUAACAAAGUCUGGAUAUGACGACAAAGAUGCUAUUGUAACAUUGCGAUUAACACUGAUUAAUGUCUUAGAAUUCUGUAAGAGCAAGUCAUCAAAUCUUCUCAAGAAAACCGAGGAAGCUGUGAACUUUCUUUUCGAAGAAUAUAGAGACUUUCAAGAAAAGAAAAGUCAAAAACACUUGACACUUAAGAGGUCACAGUCAGAACAGUGGCUGAAAGCCCGAGAUUCUUCAUUUGACGGUGAACCGGACGAAUGUGUAGAUGUUCAAAAGAGAUGGAAACCAAAAUAUGGUAAACAGGAACCUGCGAAAGAACAAGAAUCUGAAAUGGUUCAAAAACAUGAUGUCAUUGUACAAAAAUUGAAGGUGUUUAGAAAGGAAGUGGCAGAGUCUAUGGUUCCGAUGGUACAAAAGGCCUACAUAGCAGCGAGCUGGAAGAGCGAAUGUAUCCUGGAGCUCAAACCUUUCAUCAAGAAAUGUAUAUUUCUUGGAUGGAUGAUGGUUGUACAAUCACCACCGAUGUGCUUGACAACAUGUGAAGAAGGAGAGCGAUUUGACAAAAACAAAUUUAAAGAAUACACAAAAAGCGGUCCAACAGUAGAUUUCGUUGUAUGGCCAGCAUUGUACUUGCAUGAAAAUGGACCGCUUAUUGGAAAAGGUGUUGCUGAAGCUCGAAAAUAAAAAACAAUACAUCAUUUUUUGGAUUAUCAUGCAAAUGUAUAACAUUUUUUGUAAAGUGUUAUUGCAAAUAUUUGUAUAUACUUAAAUAUAUACUGGUUUCUUUUUUUCAAGAUUUAAAUACUCUUGCAAUUGCUCUGUAUGCUAGAGGAUAAUCCUCAUAAUCUUGUGUUUUUGUAUUUCGAAUUAGCAUACUAUAUAAAACUUUAGUUCUUAAUAUAUAAAAAGAAAACAUAACAUUCGAAGCAAGUGUGCUUUAUAUAUAAUAGACAAAUAUGAUAGACAAGAUCAACAAGGAAGGUGGCGUUCAAUGAACGCAACCCCCACACGACCCAGCAACAAGAACAAGCGGCAAGGAGCCCAGGAGGACCUAGUCAGGCUACGUUUGGCUUCCAUGUUAUAAAUAUAUAAUGACAACGAACUGUAAAAUUGAUAGAUCCCUACUCUGACCUAUCUUCUGAAUAACAAUGGAUCCACAAACAUUGACAUGUGCAUUUUGUUAACAAAUAUGUUGUGGUAAAAUUAUUAUUGUAUCCACUUAUCUGAUAAUUAGAAUUCGACAGGUCAGGCAUCUUUGCAUGGCAUAUAAUGUACUCCAUUAGUGCUUCUUCAUACUUGAUAAUACUGCACGUUUGUAACGUUUUUCAUGAGAUAAUCGUGAUAUUAAUAUAGUUUUAUAUAAACGGCUGAUGUGAACUUAUGUAUGCUGUAUCAAAAAUUAUUUAUAAAGAUUUCUCGGGUUUUUCAAAAGGUGACAAAGGUGUGAGCGUGCAUACGUGUGUGCGUGUUGUUGGUUUUUGUUUUUCAGUUUUUGUUGUUGUUGAAUCUGAAGCAGAACAAAUGUUUAUCACUGAUAUAAUUAUUAACUGAUACAAUCAAAGAGGAAAGACAACAUCAGUGUAUACCCUUAUCCAUUUCAAUCCAAGCAACUUAUUCUAACAUUGACAAUUAAAGGGUAUGCCACAGUUAAAGGAAACCUAACAAUGACAUUAUAAGAAAGGAAUUGAAUAAAUGUAUUUUUGAUUGCCAUUAUUAUAACCAAAGUGAUGCACAUUUUAAAAGAUGCACAAAAACU